AUGUACACAUUUUUUGAAAUGCAAAAUUAUUUUUUACUUGAACUUAACAAAAUAAAAUUACAUGUUGAUGACUUAAAUACUGAAAAAAUAACUAUCAAAAUGAAAAAAAAUAAUAAUUAUCAAAAAGCUAUAUUAGUAUUUGGUCAAAAAAAAGAAAAAAGAGCAUCAGAUGAUUUGUUAAAAAAAACAUAUCAAUUAUUAAAAUUAAAGAAGUCGUCAAAAUCUUAUCAGUAUGCAUCUAAAAAAAAAAAAAGAAUUAAUGACUUCAACUAUUGA